GAGAGAGAAAGGCAGGAUUCAUGUGCUAGUGUGCGUUGCGUUGGCGGGGAUCGCGACGUUGUCGGGCAGGUUUGGGCCCGACGUGUAUGGGCACGGCCACCCAAUCUCACAGGGAAGUCACUCAGGCACGCAGAAGAACGGAGCGGCCGGUCUGUAAGCCCACGGGAAAAUGAGCUUCAAAAAGAGAUUGUCCUUCAGAAAAGCAUACCCCUCUUCUUCUGCGCUCUCUGGAGGCGCCGGCAUGAAGGUUGGCACCAGCGAGGUGAACCUGAAUAGUGGGGAGCGUUCUGUGGGCUGCUGGGCAGCUGGUUUUGAGCGUCUUCUGCAGGACCCCCAGGGAAUUCACUACUUCUCGGAAUUUCUGAAGAAAGAGUUUAGUGAAGAGAAUAUAUUGUUCUGGCAAGCCUGUGAAUCUUUCAGCCAUCUCCCUGAAAAUGACAAGAAGCAGCUUUCCCAGAAAGCGUGCGAAAUCUACAGUAGCUUCCUGUCCAGCCAGGCCACCACGCCUGUCAACAUCGACAGCCGGGCACAGCUGGCGGAUGAUGUGCUCAACGCGCCGCGGCCGGACAUGUUCCACGAGCCCCAGCUCCAGAUCUUCAACUUGAUGAAGUUUGACAGCUACACUCGCUUUCUGAGAUCCUCCUUGUACCGAGACUGCAUGCUGGCUGAGGUUGAAGGUCGUUCCAUGCCUGACCCCCAGAAACCACCUAGCAGUCCUGUCCUCUCUAAGCACAGUGCUGGCUCUGACCAUUCAAGCUUCUCCACGUUGACCACACCAAGGAAGGAGGGUAAGAAACUGAAACCAACCAAAGCAGGAACCCAGGACCACAAAGAGGAACACACAGACAAGAAGAGAGGGAUCUUCUCUUCCUGGACUCUGAACACCAGCUUUGGGAAGGGGUCCAAGAAAGCUGACUUGGGAGAAUAUAAUCAUGCGGAUUUCUCCAGCAGCAAUGGCCGACGGGAGUCGCGGGGUUCGCUGUCCUCGGGUACGAGUUUGGAGCUGGUCUCCGGAACCGAGGCAGAGCCCCGCCCCUCUGGGGCUGUGUGUGAUAAAGCCAUGGCGCAGUGUACCGUCAACUUGCCGGAUGGCUCUCGUUACCCCCUGGCCAUCCGCCCGGGUGUAUCCAUCAGGGAGCUGCUGCUGGAGCUUUGUGAGAAACUGCACAUCAACCUGGCUUCUGUGGACCUCUUCUUGGUUGGGGGAGAGAAGCCCCUAGUUCUGGACCAAGACUGCAUAACUUUGAGCACAAGAGACCUAAGAUUAGAAAAACGCACUUUGUUCAGGCUGGACCUCGUCCCGAUUAACCGGUCUGUGGGACUGAAGGCCAAGCCCAACAAACCUGUCACAGAGGUCUUGCGGCCCGUUGUAGCAAAAUAUGGCUUUCAUCUGAGCGACCUGGUGGCCAGAGUUAGCGGGGAGUCGGGACCCCUGGAUUUCGGAGCACCCAUAUCUAGUCUAGAUGGAUGCCGGGUUGUGCUGGAUGUGCCUGAGCACGCUUCAAAAAAAGAAGACAAACAGAAGUCUGGUGCCUCGGGUUCUCGCCGAGCACCACCUCUGACCACACGAAGCCGCUCCUCGGCGGGGGAUGAGAGACCUGGAAAGUCGGGCUGUGUGAUGGCCAGAGGGGGCUCCAGCGGGGGGCGACCUUUCAAACACGGGGAGAAAAAAAAGAUUAAUAUAGAUGAAGCUGAAGAGUUCUUUGAGCUUCUGUCCAGAGCCCAAAGCUGCCGGGCAGACGACCAGCGAGGAUUACUGACUGAGCAGAUUCUAGUGCUGCCCGACUUCCUGCGGACUCCUGCUGAUCCCAAACCCGAGCCCGAACCUAAGGCCGUCCACCCCACCCCCGCGUCCCGCCGUAGCACCCUGACUGCCAGCCGGAACUUUCAGAGCCUGGACUCCACCCUGCCCGUCUGCGGGAACGGUCCCAGCAGCACCGCACGUCCGCUGCAUGCCCCGCCAUCCUCGCGGAGCCCCGCCCCUUUCCUGGCCUUGGAGGAGGAGAGCGAGGCCGACCUGGCCCCGGUCGCAGAUGGGGAUGUUUCAGGAUCCCCGCUCCGUUUGCCGCCAGAGGCCCCCUCCAGGAGCGAGGUGGAUGCUCGGGGAGGUUCAGGAUGCGAAGAGACGCACACUCCCACAACACACCACAAGGGGGCGUCUUCCCCAGCACUUCCCGCUGGCAGGGUCAUUGACGUGGAUGGGGUGCGGCUGGAAGACGCCUCAGACAGGAGCCCGGACCCCAGCCUCUGCCUGGGGGGGCUGAUGCCAGACCUACGAGGAUGCCAGGGCAGAACGAGGUCAGGGAUGUACCAAUCUUCCGACCUGUCCCCCCUCCUGUCCGUCAGGGCUGAAGAGAGCAGGUACAGGCCUGGCUUCCUGUGAGAUAAAAUGAGAUAGGACUGCAGUAGAUGGGGGUCAAAGACAGAAGAAAAAUAUCUGUAAACACACAAAUUGUUAAUUGUCUAGAACAAUCAAAUGCUGAUUUUUGUAGAAUGUUACUAUUUUAAACAAUUGUAAGUUAUUAGUUACAUUAUCAUAACAUAUUCUAUAGUUUUUAGCUGUAAUACUAAACAUACCCUUGGUGCCCACUUUAUUAGGUACUCCUAUGCACCAGGUAAGAUCCCCUAUUAUCUCCAGAACUGCUUAAGGGGUGGAUGACUUAUACAUAGAGAUCUCAUUCUGCACACCUCUGCUAUACUGACCUGUCCUUUCUUUGGACGUGUGGUCUUCCUGGUAGCUUUAACAAGCCUGGUCAUUCUCCUCUGACUUCUCUCAUUAAUACAGUGUUUUCAGCUACAGAGCUGAUCCUGCCUGGAUGGGUUUUAUUCAUUACGCCGUCCAGUGAAAACUUUAGAUACCGCAGGGGUAUGAAAAUCACCACCUACGGCACCAAUAAUUGUGCCACAUUCGAAAUCACUCCUGUCAGGCAUCUGCGCCAUUCUAACACUGAGCAGUACCUUAACCAAGCCUUUUACUUCGGACUGUUUGCUGUACAUAAUAAUUUUCAGCCACCUAAUUUACUGUCUGCAGGAGCGCGUUGUUUGCAUUAAUAGGUAGGUGUACCUAAUAAAGUGGCCACUGCGAGUAGUUAUUUCAUAUUGUAAUUAUCAAGUAAAAUUAGGUUUAAAAAGUACAUUCUAGUUAUAGCAGUGUUAGAUUAUUGCUCUGCAAUAUAUUCGGGUGAUUUUGGCCAUGUUGUUACAUUGUUAAAUUAUGUCUUUAUUUUCAGUUUUUAGGAUAUCCCCAUCUGGACAAUAUAAAGGAUAAUAUUUCCUGAGCCUGUGCUUGUUCCUGUAAAAGUCUGUAUGGAAACAGCCUAUUACAAACAGCCCAGGUUCGUUUCAUGUUUAUCUGUAAGUGAAUUAUCUACGUUGUAUGUAAAUAAACUCUUUGAUGUUUGACAAAUCUACGUGCUAUUUCUGCAGAGUCACUCGUGCGUGUUCUCUGCUUUGUAAAUACAGCUGUUUAGUAUCAAGUAUCUUAUCUGCAAAUGACUUUCCCUCUUCUGCUCUGACUAAGACAGUACUGAAGGCAGUCUAAUUAGCUGGCUAUAGGCCUGGACGAAUGCUUUGUCUAUCUGUUUUUGUUUUGCCUGCAGUAAGUCAGCAAUGCAAUGCUCCUCGAUUAAAUAGGCCAGGUCAUCCCAAAAAACACCCUCAGUCUCCUUACUUCUGGAUGCUGUCAAUGAGAAAAAAAAGGUUAGAAAUGAAGAACAAUUACACUGUUGCACUGUAAAAAGUUUCUAUAUGAAAAAAGGCUUAUGUUAUUGAUUUGUGAAAUUGUAUGGAUUAUUACCCUAUGGUUGUAAUUCCCCCCUGAAUUUUGUUACUGUUCAGAAAUGGGAAUAAACGCAUUUUAAUGUUAAUGCAA